AUGUUGAACAUUGCAGCGUUCGCCUUGCGCGGCUUCCUCGUACUCUUCGGCGCCGUCGUACUGGGCCUCUCCAUCACCCUGGCAAAGGGACAGGAAGUCGGCAAGCCCCCGACUGAGACCUCGUUCAGCAGCUUCUGCGGCGCCUUUGGUAUUCUCGUCUCGGCCAUCGGCAUCAUCGCCAUCUUCGUUGAUAAGAUCCCGCCGACUGCGAUCAUGGGUGCCGAUGCACUGGCGUCCGUCUUCUACCUCGCAGGCGGCAUCGCUCUGACCGUCGCGCUGAAGGACGUCUCCAGCUGCACGUCGCACUCCGCGAUAGCCCGUGGCGAGCGAGUCGGCAACAAGCUGCUGAACGGCGGCUGCUUAACCAAGGAUGGCGGCCUGUGGUGCUACGCCGGCUCCGGUCCGGGAAAAGAUGAGGUCGAUGAUUACACCCCUGGCCGCUGCCAGCGCGUACAAGCCGACUACGUCUUCCAGUACCUGGCUUUCGCCUUUGGCAUCGCCAUCAUCGCCACCACCUUCUUCCUCCGCCGAAGCGGUAGCAACCGAUCCCGGGCUUUUGUCUAG